AGUGAUUGUCCUUAGCAUAAACAUGAUUAAAAAUAAAUGAAAUAAAUAGAAAAAUUAGUGGGACGUCGUUAGCGUAGAUACAUUUGAGCACGUCCUUGGGAGAGACGUGGCAUGAGGAGAGUAACCGAAGCAAAUCGUGAGGGGAAGUGAGAUUGUGAUCUUGUUUCACAAAUCUCGUGAUUUUCGUUCUACUACCUCCCAAGCUCUCCACGCUCCAUUCGCAAGAGUUCGACGAUUCUCCGGAAACUCUUUGAUGUCUUCUCGUGCUGUUUCUAGGCUUCGCUGUCUCGCCUAUGUAUCUCUCGGAGCUGGAGAAGACGCUGGUGGUAGCAGCUCCAAUGGCUCAGCCUCACUCUCAGCCACCGCAACUGAAGAUGAUAGUAAUUGCUCUAUUUCCACCGAUUCUGGUUCGAUUCAAUAAAGAUGAAUUAGGAUUGUGUAGCCUGAUGCUAUUGAAAGGAACUAUAAAAGCUUAAAAAGGAACGCACUUGAUUUGCCUUUGCGGCGCUCUAAUAGAGCGGACAGAGAAGUGAUUGAUGUUGACGACGAUGAGCUUCAAUAUGUUGAAGAGAAGGAAAAGGAAGUGUCUUUAGUGGAUGUCAAUCUGAACAACGGGAGCUUGUUGGUGGAUGCUGCUGUGACUGAUGUCUCCAGUUUUGAAGCGUACAGAAAGGUUCUCAAGAGUGCUGAGAACAGGACUUGUAAACUGAAAGACAGAGGCUUUGGUGAUGCUUUGAAAGAGAGGUGUCGUGGUGAAGCAAUCAAAUAUAUGUUUCAUCAUGUUGGUAGUACCUGACGGGUUUCUGUCUCUUUGUUCUCUGAGUGAGAGCAAUCAAAUAUAUGUUUCAUCAUGUUAUGGCUCACCUAAUUUUGGAUCAUGGAAAGGAGCAAUCUCAACAGAUUCGUUAGCACCAGGACCAUCAGCUGAUCUCUCUGACUACCUCGUCUUGGCAGCUCACAGAACCAAGAGACCUGACAUUCUCAGGGCCUUUAAGCCUUACCGUGGAGGCUGGAACAUCACCGACAAUCACUACUGGGCUUCUAUUGGGUUUACAGGAGCUUCUGGUCUCAUCCCCAAGAGACUGUCUCUGUCCCAGUCUCUCCUUCAGACAUGCUCACCAUGUUUUUUUAAGUAAUUUUUUUUUCACUCUCUCGCUCUUUUGUGAAAUGUACGGUCUUCAUUGAUGGAUUUGGCACUGUCUAGCUCUCGAUUAAUC